AUGGAUCUCAACAGAGUGCCCAGAAAGGUUUGGGAGCAUCCCGAUCCCAAGAGCACCGCCAUGUGGGCGUUUAUGCAAGAGGCCAAUAGACUACAUGGGCUCAAUCUCAAGUGGUCCUGUGCUAAACGCAGUGACUUUUAUGCUCAGCUUUGGGAGUCUCAGAAUUGGAUCCAUGAAGGUUCUUAUACUUAUGUCGUCGAUGAGUCUAUCCCCAUCACCAAGUUACCGGCUUGGUUUCCUGGUAUCCGCCUCAAUUUUGCAGAGAACCUCCUCUGGACACGUCCCCAAGGUGGUGCUCCGGGAGAUCACUCUACCCUCCACAAAGAAGACGACACUAUCGCCAUCACCGAGGUACGCGAGGGCAACUCUUCUAUCAAUAAUGUCACCUGGGGAGAGUUGCGGCAGAGAGUUGCCACGACGGCGAGUGCUAUGAGGCAGAGAGGCGUCAAGAAGGGAGACCGUAUCGUCAUGGUUGGUGCGCACUCCAUUGAGACGGCGGUCAUCUUUCUGGCUACGACGUGGCUUGGGUGCGUGUUUAGUAGCAGCUCGACCGAUAUGGGUGUUGGAGGACUUCUACAGAGGACGGUGCAGAUCGAUCCCAAGUUUGUCUUUUUCGACGAUGGGGCCUUGUAUAACGGUAAAGUCAUUGAUCUGCGAGACAAGAUCUCCGGCAUGGUUGAAGGAAUGAAACAGUGCCCUUCAUUUGAGAGCAUCGUUGUUGUCCAGCGCUUCGACGUCCCCAACGACACGUCGAAGAUUCCGCAGACUGAACGUCUCGAGACGUUUCUGUCUUCUGCGUCAACACCUCCCCCAAUCGAAAGAGUCGGCUUCCAGGAUCCCAUGGUCAUUUACUACUCUUCUGGAACUACAGGAACACCCAAGGCCAUUGUCCACGGUGUUGGACCCCUUCUUAUCUCUGUUGGCAAAGAGGCCGUCCUCCACCGAGAAGUCACCCCCGAAGAUGUUGGACUACAGUACACCACAACCGGCUGGAUCAUGUACCUUGCCAGCGUGGCAAGACUCGCCUUUGGCGGACGCACAGUAUUCUAUGACGGCUCGCCAUUCGUACCAGAUCGAUCGAUUCUGCUCCGUGUGGUGAAAGAGCAGCGCGUCACGCAUCUCGGGAUCAGCCCGCGAUGGCUAGGCGAGCUCAUGAAAGCUGGCAUCGUACCUCAGAAAGAAACAGACUUGAGCAGCUUAAAAUGGGUUGGGAGCACGGGUAUGGUGCUGAAGGAGCAAGUCUUUGAGUGGUUCUAUGACGGGGCGUUUCCGAAAAGUGUCAAGCUGGCCAACUUUUCAGGGGGAACUGAUAUUGCAGCUUGCUUCGUCAUAGAGAACCCUCUGACGCCCAUCUACGCUGGCGGUUGUCCAGGACGGUGCCUCGGUACUCCCAUGGCCAUCUACCCAUCCUCCCCGGACCCCAGCAAGCCCAUCACCGCUGUCGCAGACGGAGAACCUGGUGAUCUGGUUGGCACCGGGGCCUUCCCCAACAUCCCCCUCUUCCUUUGGAACGACACAAACCCGGCUCCGGGAGAGAAGUACACGUCGGCCUACUUCUCUCGCUUCCCAGGCGUUUGGUCACAGGGCGACUUUGCAGCUGUGCAUCCCGUGACGGGGCAUAUUCACAUUCUCGGCAGGUCAGACGGCGUCCUAAACCCCAGUGGUAUUAGGUUCGGCAGUGCAGAUAUUUACGCUGUUCUCGAGGGAGGGUUUGCAAAGGAGGUUGCAGAGAGUCUCUGCGUAGGACAGAGAAGACCCGAGGACCAUGACGAGAGCGUGGUCUUGUUCUUGCUUAUGAGAGAAGGUGUCAAGUUUGAUGCCGACUUGGACAAGAAGAUCCGAGAGAGGAUCGCAAAGGAGUUGACAAAGAGGCAUGUUCCAAAGUACAUCUUUGAAGUGCCCGAGAUUCCGGUCACGGUCAACGGCAAAAAGGUUGAGCUGCCCGUCAAGCAAAUCAUCUCGGGACAUACAAUCAAGCCAAGCGGGACAUUGUUGAACCCUCAGAGUCUAGACUUUUUCUAUCAGUUCCAGAAGAUUGAAGAUGUUGUCAAGAGGCAGGGAGGAGUGAGAGCCAAGUUGUAG